UCAUUCGUGAUGUGAUGUUCGCGCAAUUUCCAUUCUUUUCUCGUGAAUGUUAUCACCAUUUAUUUGUAUUUGCUCGGACUUUCAACUAUCCAUUAUCUAUGAUUAUUCGUUUCUUUAAAAUCCUACCGUCAUGACAUUAAGGACUAACAGAUCAGCUCAUGAUUUAUGAGUUUUCGCAUUUUUCCAUUAUCCCAGUGCUGUACUACUCAUGAAUCCGAUCAGUUUUGUGCCAAAGUUAUAGCUUCAAGUUACCAAUUACGUCUCCUAGUUUUUAUCAUCCUAAAUUUUCAGGGGCUUGUGUCAGAGCCUCUUCUUUGUCAACAAUGUUUUUUCUAAUGGCGAUUCUCAACAUCCAAUCUUUCUUCUGUAGACUUAUCGUUGCGGUUCUCAAUUACUUUUGAAGUGAGCAUGAAGCAAUGCUCCUCCGCCAGCUCUGCUGCUUGUUCCUGUAAUAUCUUUUGAAAUUCAAACGUUAUUCAAAUUGUCCCUGAACAGUUGGCUGUGACGUCACUAUGUCUGUUUUUAAGGGCGAGCUCCAUGAACCGGAAUUGAAGUACAUCUGUGUGGAUUAUUUUUGUAAACCAAAGAGCCGUGACGCUUCUACAUUUUUUUUAUCGCACUGUCAUGCAGAUCACAUGAAAGGACUUUAUUCCUCAAGAUACUGGAAUGACCAGUAUAUCAAUGAUUUGUUCAAAAAGUCGCCAGAAGCAACUUUGUACUGUUCUCCAAUCACAGCUCUUUUUGUGCGAAACAAUCCAAAAAUUAGAAUUCCUGAGGAUCGAGUUCAGGCACUGGAAAUCGGGAAACAUGAGUCAAUUUGCGUUUGGCCCAACCAAGAGGAUGCAGGUAGUGUUGAGCCUUAUCAUGUGGAUGUAACUUUGCUUCCCGCUGGUCACUGUCCAGGUUCUGUCAUGUUCUUAUUUGAGCUCCCCCAUCUAAGAGUCCUUUUCACUGGCGAUUUUCGUGCAGAUGCAAAGCAAAUAUCAGCACUGAAAGCUCUGCAUUUCUCAGAUAAUCUACGCAAAGAUCUAGAUGUUGUAUACUUGGAUAAUACCUUUUACUCACCUAUUUACGAAGCUUUCCCUUCACGCAAAGAGUCUUUGGAUGCCUUAAAAGAACUUAUCAAAGAUUGGAUUGAGUUCAGGAAAGAUAGGCUUAUUAAACUAACGACCUCAGCAAGAUUUGGUUCAGAAUUCCUCUUCGAAAGCCUGAGCAAACAUUUUGGGAAAAUACACGUUGAAAAGGAUGAGUAUUACAAUUUUUAUCAACACAUUCCUCAACUGAAGGAGACAGUGACUCCUCACGAAAAAGAAUCUGGACCUAUCCAUUCCUGCUUUAGUUACUCUACUAGCUCAUGUUGUGAUGUAGUUAAAAGAGGCUCUGCCAAUGUAAGGGCAAUUAAACCUUGUGCAUUGUCCUUUAGAGCUGAACUACUCGCCAAACAGGGUAACGUAGUUCGCGAUAACAGAGGAGUUUUUAAAGUUGUAUACUCUUGUCACAGCUCCUAUUCAGAAAUCAAAGGCAUAUUGGACUAUCUGAAUCCUAGAAAAGUUCACUUUAUCACAUCAACCCAAUCUAAGGAAUACAAGUAUAAUGAUUCUGAAUCGGAUAUUGAAGAAGAAAACUCUCCAGAUCUGGCACCGAAGAAGUUCAAAGGAAACUGUUCUGGGCCAACGAAGCUUCGAUUAUUUCAGCCUGUUGAGUGUGUAGAUAACCUCUCCUCAUGUUCUGAAAAAGAGGAGUCAUCCAGUCAAGAAUUAUCUCAAAACUCUCUCUCCUAGCAGUAACUUUUUUUAAGUUAAGUAAAGUUAAGAGUUAAAAGUCACUAGUAAAUUUAUCAGUCAUCCAUUCAAAAUCAGUUUUAUGCCAUAAUGCUCAUCUUGAUUGAUUUCAAACGUUCUACAUUUUGCACUGCCAUGCUAAGGGGAAACGCCGUAUGAACAUUUAGAAGUUGCCAAACGUCCUCCAAUAAAAUGUUUAUUUUUGAGUAGAAUGAUAAAAUCUCUUGAGAUUUUCAGAUAGGUUAAAGCUGAUAUCCUAGGACCGAGUACAUCUAUAAUGGACACGACCCUCUCUCUCGAAAAAAUUGAGUUAAGAAUGUUUUCGAGUUCCACUAGUCGUUUAUAUUUUCCUGCCAAAAACUCAAAGUCGACAAAAAAAAUCAGUCUGUGCUAAGGGGGGUUAAAGUUUAUUUUGUACAUUGAGCCUUAUGGGGAAAUAAAACUUCUAACCUCUUUUUCUCAGUUUCAACUUCAUAUGGGUUAGGACCUCCCUGUUAAACUUGGUCCGAAUAAAGUGCUCUGAUAAAGUCGAGGAAGAAUAUUCAUAUAUUUUCCUGAGAAUUCAUACUUUAUUGAUGGUAAUUUGACAACGUCUGAAGGCUUGUAUGGCGUUUUUCCUCUAUAUGUGCAGGAAUAAUGGACAACACGACUAAGUAUGAAUGUAAGCAAUAUGAUGCGUGUUUUCUUAUCAAAAUUUCACUUAGAACAGGAUUUGUGCAACGAAAAUUAUUGAAAGUAACAAGCAAUCAUGAUAUUAACAUUUUCCGAUGUAUGAAUGUGGAUUUCCUGUUUCCAUAAUAUAAACCAUAAAAACCAUAAAACCAUAAGAACCAUAAUAUUCUCGAGUCAAUUGCACACUAAAGGCUACCGUAACAGCCUCUGCAGUAUGGAAGUAUGGACAGGGAAGGAACAUUAUUCCACUAUGAAGCCUGGCAAAACCCUCAAAGUAUAGGAUUUGAUUCUCGUAAACUCUGGUUUUUCUUGUGAGCAGGAAAUUCUAAUUAAUCUAGUUCAGUGCUAAAUACAUGAAAACGUUAAUAUCCUGAUUAGGAGUUCAUUUUGACAAUUUUGGUCUGGAAAGUAGUGCAUUUUGUGUGUUAUUAAUAGGCUAUUUAAAUGAACAGCAUGUAUGAAGGAGCAUUGAAGGCAAGACAUUCCAUUUUAAUAAUUAAUUUUUGUUGCGCAAAUAGCAUUCCUCAAGGAAAUUUUGAAGAGGAAAUAUUUAUCAGAAUACAUACUUAAAUUCGCACCUUAUCUAGUGGUCCAUCGUGGGAAGUUGAGCUCUCAUAACUCAUUUAAGUUGACUAGAAUAUUGUAGUUACCUCCCAUCUAUUAAUAAAAGUUAAAGCAAGUACACAAUGAUCAACCAUCAUUUUUAAACAAGCUCAGAAACACUUUACCAGUAUUUAGGAAGUAGACCUAAGAAAUGUGAUUGUUGAUCUAUCUCAAGUAUUAAAUGAUAAAUCUAUGAAUUCCUUAUAUCGUAUCGCAGAGUGAAAGGGAUGACCUUAUUUUACAUAAUAUCAGAGGGUAAAACAUUUUGAGGAAUAUUUUAGAGAGACAAAAUGAACUAUCAUCACCGUUCUCUUAAAACCUUUUUAACUGAAUCUAGUUUCUCAUAUUAUCAAUGUCAUUUUAUCAGUUCGUUUUCAUGUCUUAUUUUUGAUAUAAGUACCUCUCCAGUUUCAUUUUAAAUUGGAACAUUUGAUUUAAGCACUGUUCAAAGUGUGGUUUUACAUGUUUAAACAGAGAUGUAUGAAUGAAUACCUAGUCGCUUUUAUCUGUUGAAUUGUUCUUAAUUUACCAAAAUUAACAUAUGAAUUUUGUGUGCAUGUUCUUUUUAUGCAGCCAAUAUUUUGCUAGACCAAAGUUUCAUAAAUUUUUUUAAGCUGCCCACCUAAUUUUUAAUUUGGUUUUCCGAUCCUUUCUAAUUUUAGAAUUGGGAAUUUUUAGAUGCAUGUGUAACAAUUUUCUUGCAGGUACCUGUAAAAAAAAAAAUGCUCAAGAAAGAUAAUUGAAUUGUCCAAAGUAGUGUAAGAUAGUACCUAUGAAAUGUCUUAAUUUGUUUUGAUAGGUGAAUUAAAGGUAAAUUGUUAAACCCUAA